CAGGAAAGUUAGACUCUAAGGCCUUGCUGCUUCUCAUUCCAUGAGCUGGGGAGAGACAGUGUGGAAGUCAAACCAUGUCUUUCUUGAGAGCAGGCGCUGCUGGGGCUCCCUGAAUGGCGGCUAGGUGCCAAGAGGAAGCUCCACUUUGGAAGAUGUUGGUCCCAGGGCAUUGGGAUGGGUUGAGGCCAGCCAUGCCCAGCCUGCUGCUGGUGGUCGUGGCAGCUCUGCUCUCCAGCUGGGCACAGCUGCUGACUGACGCCAACUCCUGGUGGUCACUAGCUCUGAACCCGGUGCAGAGACCGGAGAUGUUCAUCAUUGGCGCUCAGCCNGUGUGCAGUCAACUUCCUGGGCUUUCCCCAGGCCAGAGAAAGCUGUGUCAGUUGUAUCAGGAGCACAUGUCCUACAUCGGGGAGGGAGCCAAGACGGGCAUCAGAGAGUGCCAGCACCAGUUUCGACAGAGGCGCUGGAACUGCAGCACCGUGGACAACACAUCUGUCUUUGGCAGAGUUAUGCAGAUAGGUAAGAGGCCUCUGGACCUGUGUCCUCCUGCCUGGUGCAUCGAUAGAUAUGUGAGGACCCGAUUUGAUCUCCAGCACCCACACAAAAGGCAUGAAGACCUAAAUUCAGUCCCCAGCACUCACGCCGUCUAUAAGAUGGCUGAUGUCGCCUGCAAAUGUCACGGAGUCUCCGGGUCCUGCAGCCUCAAGACCUGCUGGCUUCAGCUGGCCGAGUUCCGCAAGGUGGGGGACCGUUUGAAGGAGAAGUACGACAGCGCCGCGGCCAUGCGCAUCACCCGCCAGGGCAAGCUNGAGCUGGCCAACAGCCGCUUCAACCAGCCCACCCCAGAGGACCUGGUCUACGUGGACCCCAGUCCUGACUACUGCCUGCGUAAUGAGACCACAGGCUCCCUGGGCACCCAGGGUCGCCUCUGCAACAAGACCUCAGAGGGCAUGGACGGCUGCGAGCUCAUGUGCUGUGGCCGCGGCUAUGACCGCUUCAAGAGCNUCCAGGUGGAACGCUGCCACUGCAGGUUUCACUGGUGUUGCUUUGUCAGAUGCAAAAAAUGCACCGAGGUUGUGGACCAGUAUGUCUGUAAGUGACUGCACCACACGGGCCUUCAGGCCGCUCCUCUCCGCCUCACAAAAGUCUAUAUUAUAUAAAUCUAUCUAAAUAUAUUUUAUAUUUGUACAAAUGGAUGGAUGGAUGAUAAAUAAUCAAGAGAAGAAAGUGGAGAGGAAGAGCUUAGGAGAUGCUGGCCCUCUGUGAGGACUGGACUUUGCUGGAAAUCCACAACCAGUGGGAGAGAAANGGGCUUUUCCCCAUUUUCUGGCCAGGACUUUUGGGACGUGGGCUUGAGAGUGUCUGUGCGCCAUAGCCUCCAGGAGACAGGUGGGUGGGGAUUAGAUGAAGGAAAUGGGCCUAUUCCAUAUCUACAGUCCUGUGGGGAAGAUGAGUGUCUGUGACCCUGGCCAGGAGACCCAGAGGCCCCGUGGAAAGACCUGAUAACCGGGAUGGUAGCCUAGGUCUUCCUGAAAAUGGAGCUGGCUUUGGGAAGGGGCUCUGUACUUCCUUCUUUUCUCAUCUGAGUACACACUGCAGGAAAGUCUCCUGCCCCAAUAUGGGGGAGUGGUCUCAAGUCACUCCGACUGGUGACCGUAAGAGAUCUGGGCCUCCCUGGACCCUGGCUCUCUCUGGACCCUGACUCUGCCUUCCAAUGAGAAUGUCACCAGCUCCUGCCUCAAGCUCCUGUGCCAAGAGAAAGAUGGUUCCNUCACCUGCUACAGCCAGGAAGACGUGGAGCAAACCUGGGUUUUGACUGGGGACCAAGUGCCUGUUGCACAGGACAGGAAUCUGCUGUCACUCUGUCAAGGGAGGCUUUGAGAAUGACAGGGCAUGCUAGCAGGUCAGGUCAACUGCCUGUGAGACUGUCAUCUCUGCCCACAUGUACAGCGUCCCUCUGACAUUAAAUAUCUUUUUACUGAG